AUGUGCAAAAAAGACUUCAAUGUGAAAGUGAACAAGAGUGAAGUAGUGGCAGCAGUGUUGCCAAUGCAAGAACAUUGGCUACCAUUAUCUAAUCUUGAUUUACUCUUACCUCCAUUGGAGGUCGGAGUAAUGUUCUGCUAUCUAAAUCCCAUUAUUAUUUCGGAGAAAAUUAAUAUGAAUUUAGAAUUUAACUCAAUCGUAAAAAUACUCAAAACAUCUUUGGCUGAAACAUUAGUUUCUUACUAUGCAUUUUCUCGAGAAAUAGUUGAAAAUUCAGCCGGAGAACCAGAGCUUCUUUGCAUUAACGGUGGUGUUUCUCCUUUUUUUCAUGCAUGUGACCUAGUGAAUGUCCCAAACAUAACAACGAUAACAUGUCCAGUUACACAACUCAAAUGUGGAGGAAUAAUUGUGGGUUGCACAUUUGAUCAUAGAGUUGCUGAUGCAUACUCAGCCAACUUGUUUCUUGUGUCAUGGUCUGAAUUAGCUCAAUGCAAGCCACUCUCUCAGUUCCCAUCAUUUCGACGAUCGUCCCUUUUUCCUCGACAUCCUGGUUACUAUGAUGACUCGAUCGAUGAAUUAUACGUACCAGUAUCAAUCCUACCUCGCAUGAAAUCCGAAAUCCUUAACCCUAACGAUCAAGUCAUUAGUAGAAUUUACUAUGUCACGGGUGACAAAAUUGAGCACCUUCAAUCAUUAGCCAAUUGUCAUGACAAAAAAGGCACGAAGUACUCCCAGAGGUCUAAACUUGAAUCAUUCAGCGCUUUCCUGUGGAAAACUAUUGCAUGUGGAAUUAAUAAAGAAACGUCGGGUUUCAACAAUUUUAGGUUUGGUAUUGUGGUUGAUGGUCGGACUAGAUUGAUAAGUAAUAAUGUAGAUGUUAAUAAUCAAGAUAAAUCACUAAAAGGGUAUUUUGGUAAUGUUCUCUCCAUCCCAUUUGGAGAGAAAAAAGUUGAGGAGCUAAAAGAGAAGUCGUUACAUUGGGUGGCAAAUGUAGUCCAUGAAUUUCUUGAUAUCGCGAAAACACAAGAGCAUUUUCUUGGAUUGAUAGAUUGGGUUGAGGCGCAUCGUUAUGAACCAUCUAUCGCAAAAAUAUAUGCCAUGAAUGGUGAUGGACCCGCGGUGGUAGUGUCAUCGGGGCAACAUUUUCCUACGAAAAAGAUUAAUUUCAAAUGGGAUCAACCAGCCUUCUGGUCAUACCAUUUUCCGUGGGCCGGAAAAGCUGGAUAUGUGAUGCCAAUGCCAAGCCCUAAAGGAAAUGGAGAUUGGAUUGUGUAUAUGCAUCUCGUGAAAUGGCAAAUGGAACUUAUUGAGGCUUCUCCAUCCCACGUGUUCGAACCUGUGACUGCAAAUUAUCUCAACUUAAUUUGA